GAUUUUUGGCAAUAAUGGCUGCCACAACGAAAGAAAAGCCGAGCGCGCUGCGCUCAAUCAUCGCAGGCUCUACAGCCGGCGCUGUUGAAAUUGCUAUCACAUAUCCUGCCGAGUUCCUGAAGACGCGAAGUCAAUUAAAUCGACGGCUCGCCGAUGGCAAGAAACUCCCCAUCCCACCAUUCGGGCCAGCUUGGUAUGCGGGAUGUACGACAUUGAUUAUUGGCAACUCUCUCAAGGCAGGAAUUCGCUUUGUCGCCUUUGAUACAUACAAGUCCAUGCUGCAGGAUGCGGACGGCAAGAUUUCAGGCCCUCGCACAGUCAUUGCCGGUUUCGGUGCAGGUGUUACCGAGUCUCUUCUUGCCGUCACUCCUUUUGAAAGCAUUAAAACUACCCUGAUCGAUGAUCGGAAAUCAGGCACGCCGCGCAUGCGUGGCUUCUUGCACGGAUCAAAGAUAAUAGCACAGGAGCGAGGUAUCCGCGGCUUCUUCCAGGGCUUUGUCCCUACCACAGCGCGCCAGGCCGCCAAUUCGGCCACUCGAUUCAGCGCAUAUACUACCCUGAAGCAGCUUGCACAAGGCUACGUUGCGCCGGGAGAGAAGCUCGGAACCGUUAGCACGUUCGCUAUUGGCGGUAUCGCAGGACUGAUCACUGUCUAUGUGACGCAACCCCUGGAUACUAUCAAAACAAGGAUGCAAUCUAUCGAGGCUCGCCACCUCUACAAGAACAGCUUCGUCUGCGCAAGUCGAAUCGUCAAGGAUGAAGGCUUUUUCACCUUGUGGUCUGGCGCCGUACCGCGUCUUGCCCGACUUAUAUUGAGCGGUGGUAUCGUCUUUACAAUGUACGAGAAGACAAUGGACCUAUUGGAUACAUUCGAUCCUGAGCGCAAAUACCUUUGAAUCAAUUUCCGUCGCAUCACUACAAGCGGCAAUUGCAAUGCAUAGAAUAUUUCCGACUUUCUGGGCACACUUGAGUACAGUACAGUACAGUACAAUAAAACUAUUUUAGACAUUCGUGCCAUUUUUUAAACCUUCUUAUUUUUCCUUUACCUAA